UAGUUUUGUUGUUUCAAUACCACCAUCUAGCAAGAGCUCCUGUAUUUAAUAUACUCGAGAGGGCCAAAAAAAUAAAAUAAAUGAUGGGUUCUGAUCAAACACUAGAGAAGGCUCUUCCGAUAAUACAUUUUAACUCCGAAAACUUGACUCCCGGCUCAAGUUCCUGGCUAUCAACAUCUGAAAUCGUCCAAAAAGCCCUGGAAUCAUAUGGAUGUUUUGUAGCAGUCUACAAAAAUAUUUCCCCAGAGCUCCACGAAAAGAUGCUAAAUCUCUCAAAGGAGUUGUUCGACGUGCCCGUCGAAAUCAAGGUGCAGAACACUUCCGAUUAUCUUGGCUUCGGCUAUGGUGGAAACUACUCCGUUAUGCCCCUGAUUGAAUACUUGGGCAUAACAAACGCUGCAACUCUCGAAGCAACUAAGGAUUUCACCAAUCUCAUCUGGCCAGAUGGGAAUGAUAGCUUCUGUGAAACAGCAUUUUCAUACGCGAAGCAGCUACUGGAACUGAAAAACUUGAUGAUGCAAAUGGUAUUGGAAAAUUAUGGGGUAGAGAAGUACUACGAGCUCCUGGUGCGGUCUGCCUUCCACCUUAUGAGAUUCAUAAAAUAUCGAACGCCAAAGACGAAUGAAAUUAAUACUGGCCUUCGACCUCAUGUGGACAAAACUUUCUUGAGCGUUUUGGCCGGGAACCAUGUUAAGGGACUGCAGAUUGAGACCAAAGAUGGAGAGUGGAUCGAUUUUGCGCCCACGCCUUCAGCCUUCUUGGUCGUAGCAGGCGAGGGAUUUACGGCCUGGAGCAAUGGCAAAGUAUAUGCUCCCCUCCAUCGAGUUAUCAUAGAUGGAACGGAAGAAAAAUACAGCAUCGGACUAUUCUCUUUUAUGCAUGGGACGCUGCAAAUCCCAGAGGAGCUUGUCGAUGAUGACCAAAACCCAUUGCAAUUCAAGCCAUUUAACAACGUAGCGUUUCUUGACUACUGCAGUGGAGAUAAUAUUACUGCACGUGCCAUCAAGGAUUUCUGUGGAACUUGAUCUUGAUGCCUUCGUUUCUCAUCUGCAAUUGGACCUUCAACCCCGUUUACAUAGAGCAUGCUAAGAAGAUCAACGAUAAUAGCAUCAAAAUCACUGAGCCAAGACUUGUCGAGCAAUUCGCCGCGUUGCUUGAAGCUAGCACAGCCAAAAAAGAAAAAGAAUUGAAUACUACCAGUGAGAGAAUCACUCCACUACUUUGAAUUAAAAUGAAAGGAAUGGCAAAUGAAUAUAUUUUGGAAGCACUCGUGGUGUUGGAGGUUCUAUUAAAAAGCUGCGAAAUUUUUUUU